CCCGUCACCCAAUGGUCUCAAAGAAAGAAGAAGGAAACAUGACCCAACUGGCCAACUGCCCCAGCCUUCCUACACCGAGCGCAGGCGGGGAUCAAACGCGCACCUCCAUUUCCUCCCUCUCCCCUGUAGCCCCGUCCACGCCGUCUUCCCUCCGGCCGGCGCGAUGACGCCGCCGGCCACCGUAAGCCCAGGCCCAGUGGGCCCGGCGCUGGUUCACCCGGCUCGCGUGCGGGUGCUCCACCCGGGCCAGCCCACUGCCGGCGCGAGGCCCGGCCCGGUGGUGUACUGGAUGCUGCGGGACCAGCGGCUCGUCGAUAACUGGGCCCUCCUCCACGCGGCGAGCCUCGCCGCCGCCGCGGCUGCCCCGCUCGCCAUCGCGUUCUCGCUGUUCCCGAAGCCGUUCCUCCUCUCCGCGCGCCGCCGCCAGCUCGGGUUCCUCCUACGUGGCCUCCGCCGGCUUGCUGCCGACGCCGCCGCCCGCCGCCUUCCCUUCUUCCUCCUCAUCGGUGGGCCCACGGAGAUCCCGGGGCUAGUGCAUCGGCUCGGGGCGUCGGCGCUGAUCGCCGACUUCUCGCCGCUGCGGCCAGUCCGGGAGGCACUGGACGCAGUGGUCGGGGAGUUGCGCCGUGACGAUGCCGGUGUGGCCGUUCACCAGGUGGACGCACACAACGUGGUGCCGGUGUGGGCGGCGUCUGGGAAGCUGGAGUACUCUGCCAAGACCUUCAGAAGCAAGGUGAGCAAGGUGUUGGACGGGUACCUGGUUGAUUUCCCCGGUUUGCCAGAGGUGGUGCCAUGGGACGGGGAGCUGCCGGAAGACAUUGACUGGGAUGUGCUCAUCGACAGGGUUUGCAGAGAGGCAGAGAACGUGCCGGAGAUCGACUGGUGUGAGCCGGGAGAGGCGGCAGCGCUGGAGACACUUUUGGGGAGCAAGGAUGGGUUCCUGACCACGAGGAUAAAGAACUAUGACAUGGACCGCAAUCAUCCUACAAAGCCGAAGGCUUUGUCUGGUCUCUCGCCAUACCUGCAUUUCGGACAUAUUUCAGCACAGAGAUGUGCUCUUGAGGCAAAGAAGUGCCGCCAUCUUAGUCCGAAGUCAGUUGAUGCUUUCUUGGAGGAGCUGAUAAUAAGGAGGGAACUAGCUGACAACUUCUGCUAUUACCAGCCUCACUAUGAUUCGCUAGCUGGUGCUUGGGAGUGGGCUAGGAAGACACUGAAAGAUCAUGCCGGCGAUAAAAGAGAGCAUAUUUACACGAGGGAGCAACUUGAAAAUGCAAAAACAGCUGAUCCUCUCUGGAAUGCAUCACAACUGGAGAUGGUGCACCAUGGGAAAAUGCAUGGAUUCAUGCGAAUGUAUUGGGCCAAAAAGAUUCUAGAAUGGACUAGUGGACCUGACGAAGCACUUUCGAUAGCAAUAUAUUUAAAUGACAAGUAUCAGAUAGAUGGCAGGGACCCCAAUGGCUAUGCAGGUUGCAUGUGGUCCAUAUGUGGCCUCCAUGACCAGGGUUGGAAGGAGCGUCCGGUAUUUGGGAAGAUACGCUACAUGAACUAUGCAGGUUGCAAGAGAAAAUUCGAUGUCGAUGCUUACAUUUCUUAUGUAAAAAGAUUGGUUGCUCAAUCCAAGAAGAGGAAAAGUGAGGAACCUCUAAAUUCAGCAAGCAAGCAUGCAAAAGUCUGAGUACAUGUCCUCAGCUACUUACAACAGUUGGCCGUAGAGUUUGAAUCUGGUCUAGAAUAGUUUUAUGACAUUUUUUGUCCUUUUGCUGUCAACAUCUGAGCACUUUACUUUGGAGCAUUGUGUUAGCUAGAGAAAGCUUAUAUAGGUUUAAACUUCACAUCAGUUACAGCAGCUGGUACUCUUGUAAUCUCUGAUGAUUGAUAAAUUUGGCGAAAUAGCAUUUAUUAAAAUUGGUUGCAUUCAAUCCAA